GUCAGUGUCCGACUGGCUGUUGAAGGGGAAGGGUGUGUGUGCCGUCUCUCCGCGCUAUUCCGUGUAUAACUGUGCCAUAAUCUAACUGUCGAAACUAAUACAGAUGCAAACAUAUAUUAAUUAUAAAAAAUAAUGCUAGAAAAUAGGCAAGUGAUACUGUUAAGAACUCAUACCAAUGAUGAACACAUCACCCACGAACCCAGUGUGAAAGAAGUCCCAGAUGUGGAGGUAAGAGACAUUUAUGUAGACUAAGACUAGAACUUUGAGUCAACCUACCUCUUGCUCUUGUCGAAGUUGAGUCAUUCGUCUUGAACUUGGUAAGAAGGAUCCUCCCCUUUAAAGAACUCCCUGAGUCUCCUGACCUCUUGUGCCCACCACUCCAGUGACUGGCCAUGUCCAUAGGCACCAAAGGUGAACCAUUUUGAGGUUCUAUGAAGUUACAACAACAUUCUUCAGCUGGACUUGAAGGAGCGCCAGGAUGCUGGUUAGUGAGCUCCAUCACGCGUAGCUGUCACUCGAUGAGAUGAGAUCCUGGAGUUGAUGACUGGUAGAGGCAAACGUCGUCGGCAGCGUGUUCCCUUGAGGCCACGUGGUUGGAGACCUUGUGGCAGCAUCCGCGGGUGAGGAUCAGCGCCCAGAUGAGAUCUCACGAUGAGUCUCACUCCACUGGAUGAAGAUGCGUCGGAGGAGCAACGCCCAGAGCGACAGACGGUGUGUGGGACGCUGCGUCACGGAGCUAAUUGGAAGUGCUUCAUACUCACCUUACUCAUCGUCUCCUGCCUCGCCUCCAUCACCUGGUGCAGACUCACCCAGGUCCCGAAGGUGGUGGUGAACUUCGACACCUUCCCCAUCACCAGGACGCGCCUGCUGAGCCCUUGUGAGGACGGCUAUCUCUACAUCCCUGUGGCCUUCCUGGUCAUGCUCUACCUCGUCUACCUGGUCGAGUGCUUCCACUGUCCCACCAGGAUCCAGGUGACUCACACGACGCCAGCCUCACACGUGUCGUCCAUGAUCGAGGGGAUGAGGUCAGCCCAGCCCGUCAUCUGGUGGAAGGCCUUGUGCUACCACUACGCCCGCAGGUCCCGCCACAUUACCCGCUACCGCAACGGUGACGCCUACACCAGCACCCAGGUGUUCUACGAGAGAGUCAACUCCCACGCUGCGGGCACCUGCUUCCUCUUCUCUAACUGCGGGGUGAAGGAUAUCUCCAAGAAGCUCAUCAACCUCUCCAAGUAUUCCUACACCAAGAUCAGAGUGUCCAAGGGCUUUGCCUUCGCCAAUCUGGAGACGGCUAAUGAGUUUGAAGAGCAGAGAGCUCGCUUCUUCCAGGAGAACGAGCGCCGUGACGACUACAUGGAGAUGCGGGAGGGGCUGGACUUGACCAACGUCAACUUCCGGGAGUAUGUGAUCGCUCGGCGCGACACCAAGCGGCCACCUUGGUACAGCAGACACGGUGUCUUCUGGCUCGCUUCCCUCCUCAUGCUCUCCUGGCCUCUGCGGCUCCUCAUCGAGUACAACACUGCCUACGUUCACUACCAGGUAACGAAGCUGUUCGGUGUGAACUAUACCACGCCGGUGAGCGGUGGUCGGGCGUCGCGCGGCUCAGCCACCACUGACAGCCACGACCUGGAGCUGACCAUCGCCAACAAUUGCACCCUCAUCCCGUCGUACAGCGAGGCGCUACUCAUGGAGGUCGGAGCGAUGGCCGCCGCCGUCCUCACUCCGGCUAUCGAUGCCAAUGGCAACAUCCAGAAUGGCGGGGAAAGUCUACCGGCGGCGGCGUCGUCGGCGAGCGUCGGGUCGGAACUGGCGCCAGGGUCCUCGACGGGUGCAGCAGCAUCCAGAACCUCGCUACACAACGGCUACAUCCUCUACCACCCUUCCCCGCUCGAACCCUGCGUUCCCGCCGACCCCUUCCAGGGUCGCCGACGGACCACCCCGACAGAGGCUCCACCGACAUACGACGACGCAUUGAGGGUGUCGGCGCCGCUGCUGGGGACGAUGUCGCCGUCGCCGAUGCGAAGGUCGCACACGGAGCGGGACAUCCCCUCCACCCCUCGCCUGGCGCUCCCCAGACACUCCUACCACUAUGAUCUUGAAACGCAGCUAUGACCGCCGCUUGUGGCUGGCGCCCGACGUCUUUCCUGCCCCACCUGGUCGUGCAGGGUCAAGCCGGCUACCCACACCCACUUCCACACCCACACCCACAUCCACACUCACGUGUACCCACACUCUUGUAAUCACUUGGAAAGCUCGGUUGUUUAACGCCAAAAUCAUACGCAACAGUAUAGAAAAUUUGUAUUUAUAAAUAUGGUUUAUUCUACUGAAAGCUACAUUUAUGCAUGUAUUCAUUCACGCAUACGCGAUACGCACAUUAACCAGCAUGCAUAUACCUGCACAUAUGCUUGCAUGCACAUAUGUAUGCAUACGGACAUAGGUCGGAAAGUUAAAAUUGCGGCCGUUUGAUGACUUCAGUAUCGAUGACAUUUGCAUUACAUUAUAUCAUAUACUAACACACACACCCACAAAAAUUAGUUGAUUGACAGUUGAGAGGCGGGCCCAAAGAGCCAGAGCUCAACUCCCGCAAGCACAAGUAGGUGAGUACACACACACACACACACACAC